UAAUACUGUUCUAUCGAUCGAAUCAUUCCUGUUUUUUACUAGUGGUCGCUCAAAGACUACUGAUUGAGUACUCUUGCAAAGACAAAUCAAAAUCCUAAUUGCUUAUUACCUAUUAUCCCAUGUGAUAUGUUUUUUUUGUACUUGAUUUUGUAAAAUGAACAUUAAAUUGUCAAUAAGAUCAUCACACAUGUGCGACUAAUUUUUACCUAUUCAUAAUCAAUCUUCCUCUUCUGUGUGUGCUCGCAGACUUUUGAGUAAGUGCCAAGCAGACUUUCAAAUAUUUUCACAUUGUCAUUCUCAAUUCGGUCUUUUUUAAAAUCUUGCUCUUCUCCUCAGUUGGUGCUUGCAGACUAUUGAAUGAUUGUCCAGGAAAGUUUCAUUCAGUUCUUAACGCUUAAUGCUUUUUUUACUUAUUCAUUAUUUUAAUUAUGCUCCCCCCUCAAGUGAGUGCUUGCAGGAGCAUAACACAAGUAAAUGCUGGAAACAUCAAAAUGUGGCCACGCUAGCGUAACAAUAUUGAAUUAGUGCCCAUGAAAUCUCCAAUUUUUAUUGUUCAAAAUUUCAUGUUCUUUUCUUAUUUUUACCUUUUCAGUGAGUGUUUUUAGUGUUUAAAUUUUUAUGUCAUUUCCUGUUUUUUAAACUUCUUCAUUUCUCCCUCCUCAGUGAGUGCUUGCAGAAUAUUGAAUUAGUGCCCAUGAAAUCUCCAAUCUCUACUGUUCAAAUUUUUCAUGCUAUUACCCUUAUUUUUACCUUUUCAUUUUAUAUACAGACAUAAAUAGCUAUUUAAAUGGGGUAAAUUACCAUGGGAGCAAUUGCUAAUGAAUUCGAUAUCGGAAGAGGCUUCCAAGCAGAAUCAGAUGUGACUCCAAGAGAUAUCCACUUCAACCAUUCAGAUGAUCGAGCUUUCUGGUGCAGCGUCUACCCACCGUGUUACCAGUGUGUUAUCUCCAUGCAGGAUUCGAAAACAUUUUCAAACAUCAAGAAUCGACUACAACAACAAUUUCCACAUGUUCACAACUUGCAACAAAUUAUCAGAUUCCUGGGAAAAUGUUUCGGCAACAGCAUGGAUAAUGAAGAUAUUCCUGUAAGAAUACGAAUGUUCAUUCAGCAGACAAAAUGGUUCGGAUCAUUGACCAGAGUUGGGGAUAGUUGCACAUUCUUGAGACAGACGCAAAAAUUAAUGUCAUACACACUCGACCAAGAAGGGCAAAGUGUCAGUCCAUUCGCUGGCAAGAUAACACAAGAGGAAGCAGAAGACUAUCUGAGAAAUGCUGGAAUUGGAAAUUACCUUAUCAGACUCAGUGAAGGAAAAGCUGAUCAAGGAGGAUACUCACUAGCAGUAAAGGCAACCUGCAUAAUUGUCAGACAUUAUCGUAUCCUUGGGGAUCCUGAACAAGCUGCUCAAGAUACAACAAAUUACAAUGCAAGGUUGAAGUUAGUUCAUAAUGUUAUUCAAGAUCUCAAUGCACAAGAACAGGAGUACCCUGAUAUUGUCGAGUUUUUGAAGAACCGUCUGAAUGAUGCCAUUGAAGAUAAUAUUCAUUGCCGAUACGUUUGCCCAAAUCUGCCGUUUAAUGAAAUGUUCAGAGGCCAUUGAAGUCCAUGCUUCUGAAAGCAAAUAGCUGGCUAACUAAUCCCAUAUAUGUCAAGGACUGAUAACUGGACGAGAGGCAGUGGUUCUCAACAUUUUUUCUUCUGCGCCCCAUUUUCGUUGCACAAAAAUACUGUGGUCCAAUAAUUUUCUCAUGCGAGAGAGAAACUACAAGAAAAUUUUUUACAGCAAAAAAAUCCACAUUCACUCCAAUGAUUGGAAUGAUAAAUGCCACCCUGUAGCAAAACAACUUCGUCAUUCAUUACUACUACCGUUUAUUAAAUAAGUUUUUCAAUAACUCGACAAUUUUUAGGUUUGAAAAUGUUUCUGUGACCUACCUAGUAAUGGCAACUGGUACCGGUGCUCUAGAAAUUCACUAAAUCUUGAUAUUUUUACGAAUUCAAUACCAGUCCUCGGUGUGCUAGAAACAUAUACACGGUAAGCAGGUGACAGUCUGAAGUUGGUAGUACAGGGUGUCCAUAAAGUCUCUUUACAAUUUCAAUUUUGUGUUGAAGUCGGUUCUUAAUAUAUCUUAACCAGGUCUGUUGUUUUUUAAUCAGUAAUUGUUUGAGUAUUUUUACUUCAUUUAAUACAUCGGUGAGGGCCAAAACAAUAUAUGGUGUCGAUAAAUUCCUUUGCAAUUUUAGGACUUUAUGGACAUCCUGUGUGAUUUAUGAAAGAUACGACCACUUUAUAGGCUGUUGAUAAAUGCAUGGGAAAACUUGUUUUAUCUUUUUAAUGAUAUUAUCAUAUUUAUGUUUGUCGAUAUCAAUUAUUAGGAAAAAAAUAUUCAAUUGACUUUUAUUCUUCCGGAAAAAAAUUAUGAAACAUCAUUCAUUCGUCAGUUUUCCAAUUUUUUAAUCUCACACAAAACGAUGUACACAAACUCUAAGUGUUUGAUCAUAAAGUGUUAGCAGACAGGUGUUAUUCCAGCUUGCUCAUUCUUUAUUACCUUUUCACUCUUUUUUUAUUUUUAUUGCCUAAUUGCGUUUAUGUAUUGUAAAUAUUUUAUUUCUUUGCUUGAAGCAAAUUACAGAGCUCUUUUAGAAUUUUCUGAAAUCUUGCCUUUUCUGAAAUUGUUGAAAUCUGGAUGUGCUAUCUAUAGAUUUAACAAACAAGAAGAGAUGUUCCAGCUCAUUGCUUGACCAACACACAUUUUAUUAUUGCCUAUUUUUAUCGCAUUAACCAUUGACUCGCUUUGAAUUGUGCUCAUUAGGACGUUUUGUUGCAGCCAUAUUUUUUUUCUCCAAGGUAACUGAAAAGCUGCUUUUUAUCAUGCAAUGCUUGAUUACAAUUAUGAACAGGUUAAGUUUUUUUUCUUGCCACUGCGUCCAUAAUUAUUCUCCCUCUUACAUUGUUGAACUAGUUAACUAUCUAUAUUGCUACUGUCUAUAUGGCAGUUCCUGUCUAUUCCUAAUUAUCAAUAUGUAAGUCCAAUAGCACUUUCAAAGAAUAUUAUUUGAAGCAUGUAGAGGUUUCAACGGUCUAUAUGGCAACCCAAUUAUCAUCUACCAAUGAGGUCAUUCAAAUGGCGAUUGGGACUUUACAUUCGUCCCUACUAACAUGUUGUCUACAAGGAAGCCUAAUACUAUUCAAAUAGAGAAUGGACAUCCAUUCCUAACCUGCUGUAUAUAUGGCAUCUACAGCAGAGGCCAUUCAAAUGACAAUUCA